AUGAAGACUGGUGGCCGUUUCUUGUAGCUGCCGACGUCAGAUGCUUGUUUGCUUUCUUAAAUUAUCACCCUUUUCCAAGGUAGUUGUUUUGUUGACAGCGUUCCUCGGUAUACAACUGCGGUUCGACUCGCCUUCUCGGCCAGUGCGGACGGCUUCUCCGAAAAGGCGUGAACUGCUUCACAUCCACGGGUCAGAAAGGUAUGACGGUGUAAGAUGUGCGACCAGACGGAGGUGACUUACUUGCCAGACCAGGUCGUUUGGGUGAAACUUGCCAGCGUUUGGUGGCCGGCCCAGGUCGUCGACCAAGACAAGCUCGACGAAGAUGUGACCGCGGGUUUGAAGAAAAAACCGCUCGUCGUCGUCAAAUUUUUCAACGAGGAUUACUAUGAAUAUGUAAAGAGUCUUAACCAGAUUUACCAUUACAACUGCCGCAAGAAGGAAGAGUUCAUAAAAAAAGGGCUAGAUAUGUGUAGAUCCAGUGGGACCAGAGAUGUGCCGUCGAGCAUGAAAAAAUUUCCGGAGGACAUUGCCAUGGCUGAGACCCUCACUGGAGGUGACCCAAAUAUCAUUUAUGAUCCGUGUUUUCUCCCAGAACAGUCUGUCAGUGUGGAGGAGCAGUUAGGAUUCAAGAAGACGCCCAAGCCCAAAAAAUCAGAGCGGUUCCUAGAAGUCAAUAAAAGCACACAUUUGAAAACGUUAGGCUUUCUCGGUGACGCAUCGGAUUCUCCUUACACCAACAAAAAUCAUGAAAGUUACAUAAGAAUUCAAAGAACUCCCUUCCAGUAUAAUUAUCUGUAUAAAUGCGGCAACUGCACGUACACUUGCAACAAUAAAUUUCUUGUGGAAGUACAUACUAGAGUUCAUAGCACACAUGACACGAACGGUGUCCCGCUUCGCUUUACUAAAAAUGGAGAUAGAAUUCCAUGGUCGUCUACUCCAAAGUAUAAACAGAAUAAAAUUUUCAAGAGGAAGUAUAUCUCAUCAUCAGUGAAACGUAAAAACCAAUCAGAGGACACUGGGGAAAAGAAAAGGCACAAGAAGAAUAGAGUUAAAACUGAUUCUAAGCAGAAUAAUGAUGAAAUUAGAGAAAAUUUAUUGAAGGACUGGAUGGAUGACUCUGGAGAAGAAACUGGUAAUGUGGAUGAGUCUAUGCUUGACGACUCUUUAGUACAAGAAACUGACAAAACAAAUGGUGAUUUAGAAGAAACUACAGCUCCGAAUACUGAUACUAGUAAUAUUGGUGAUACUAGUAAGUGUGAUGAAAAAUCAAAAGUUAUUGAAAAAUCACAAGAAAAAUCUUGCUUUGAUUUUGAUGAUAUAGAUGAAUCUAUUAACCUCAAUUCAUCAAUGAAAUUUGGGCAGAAGUUGCCUCGUGUGAUAAGUGCUGAAAAACCGAAAAAACAAGAAAUCCCGAUUUUUGAUGAAUGUGCCGAUGAUAAGCAAGAUCAUGAUGUUCUUUCUAAAGAGUUUACAGAACUGUUAGAUGAUACACAGGUUCCACAACUCCCUGACAUCCCAAGUACAUUAUUUUCUUCUUCGUCCAAAUCUCCUAAAAAGCAUUUUUUAGAUGAAACUUUGGAUGAAACAAAAAAAGAUACAAUUUUGUCACCAAAAACCAAUUCCAAGACGAGUGUUAACAGAAAAAAAGUGAAAUCAACCACAUUGACUGAUGAAAAUAAUGAACAACAUAGGGAGCAAAAUUCUGCUGGCAAAGAUGAUACACUAGACAAUGAUAAUUCUUUGGAUUCAACCCUUCCUAGAAGUACUUUUGAUUUUAACCUCUCUGAUACUGCCUUGGAUAAAGAAACAGCUAAUGAAAAACCACAAAAGAGCCUUAACCUGGAUUCACCACCUUUAAAAAAGCGAAGGUCCAGUGAGCAAAAACUUUUUUUAACUGAGACUGAAAAGGCCAAAGAUAAUACGAUGACAAAAGACUGGAUAUCUUCUCCAUUUAAAAAGCGCAAGCAAGUUGAAAAUGAAAAAUCUUUCGACUCGUCACUUGUUGCUGAAACAGAACAGAAAUUAACUAAAGGUAAAGAAGAAGAAGAAAUGAAAACAUUUUUGAUAGAUGAAGCAAGUUUAAAAGAUGAUAAAACUGUAGGUUGUAAAUUCCCAGACUUACAGACUGAUGACUUUUUAGACAAGUCUAAAGAUCCAAUUGAAACGUCAUUGUCAGUAAAUAGUAAUGAAAUAACCCAACCAGAAAAUGAUGAAUCAGAAAAAAACAUGACAGACAGCCAGAAACCCAAUGAGAGCACUGCAAAUGAUAGUCCCUUGAAUAUUGAGGUGAAUAAAGAAGAACUAAUAAAUAGUGAAGUGGAUGAAGCCAAUAACAUUUCACAGCAUGAAAAUAAAACUGAUAAGGCUGUGAGUCUUGUGGAUCCUUCGGAAAUGGAACUCGACAUCAAUUCCAUGCCAAUCGUUCUGGGCGAUGACUUAAUUCCAGAUCUCAAAUCGUCUAAUUUUUUAGAUCCACCUACUUCUAAUGAGAAUGCCGAAACUAGCAGCGUGAAAAAAAUAAAAAUACAGUUAAAAAAAGCGAGUGAUACAAAAUUGCCUGGUGAUUUAAGCUAUAUCAACGGGAAACAGGUCAUAACAAUCCCUGGUAAGCAGAAGAAGUUGCAAACUAAAGAUACCUUACUAAACAAAAGAACCGUAAGCAGUACUGUUACGAGCAGUGUGCAGUCUAUAACUGUCCCUUCUCAAAUUGUCGUCAAAUCACAAAAGACAGCAGGUUCCCUGAUCAAGAUUGGCGAUCAAGAUGUAAAUACUUCACAGAAAAUCUUACUUUUGCCCACAGAUUCUACCAGUAACGGUCAGACUGUCACUCUCUCCGCAGAAUCUGAGAAAAUUCUUAAAACAGGAGGUUCAUUACAACUUGGUACAAGAGUCAUAAGCACCAAAGGGCUGCUCACUCAACAGGGCACUGCAAAGACGAUAACUUUAAGUGGGAACAAGGGGAGUUAUAUAGUAAAAAAGGCUAAUAUACUUUCAAAUAGGACUGUGAAAACGGCCACCUCGCCUCCUUUGUCCAAAUCACAAAAUAUACUUGCUUCGACAGCAUCGACAUCAAAGCAAGUGCCAACAUUGAAAAAUAUAAUCGUCGCCCCAACUAGUAAAACGGUUGUUACAAAUCCCAAUGUCAAGCUUGUAACCGGGCAACCAAAAUUUGUACAAAUUCAGAGGCCAACUGGAGGAACGACAGCACAAUUAAAAGUGGCUUCAAAAGGUUCUCAAAUUGUAUAUAUACAGAGUCCGCAUUCUCUUGUAUCAAAGGGCCAGACACUUGUUAAACAGACCUUGACCACGGGUCCAAUUAAAACUAAGCAAUUGUUCAAACCACGCCAGGCGAGUCCAAACAUCCUUCAGAAGUCACCGCGAAAGACUUUACAGCAUCAGCCUCAGAAAGUUGUAAAACCUGUUCAACAACAGCAGAGUGAAAUGUUGAGCAUUCCUGUGGUACAGAAUCUUCAAAGUGAAUCGAAUGAACAAAUGAAGAUGGUUUAUUUAACAGUGGACGGGACGUACCAGCCUAUUGAUAACUCUUCUCUGAUCCCGGUGGAGGGUGGAGGAAACAACAUCUUCCUCGAGACAAAUUCAGGAGAUGUAGAUAAACUCUUCCUUUCAAUUGAUGGAAACGGCCAGCUAAUAAAUAUAACAAACCCUUCUGUAUCGACGACUUCACAGACGCCGCCGGGUCAAGACAUUCUAGCGAAAGCUUUAGCAAACACACAGGUAUUGCAAAAUGAAACUUCAGACUCUCUAGAUUGUACAAACGUUUUUAGCCCACAGUACCCCCCUCCUUUGACACUGUCACACAAUGUACUUGAAACUUCAUUUACAAUUAACCAGCCUAUUAUGACACCACAAGAAGUUCCAUCCUCGGUCACACCAAAGAUGGCGGGUUUGGCUGCGAGUAUUGUAACAGGCGACAAGAAAGUCAAUCUCCCGCCUUCCAUGCCCUUGCUCUCUGAUGAUCUAGAGGGGCAAACGGUUUACAUCACAGACAACCCUUCCUCUAGUCAACAGUUCACUAUUCAAGUGCUCAACGAGAACGAGAAUGUCGUGAGCGGUACCUCGACAACAGGGCAGCUAAGCCAUGUUAUUUACACGACAAGUGAGCAACUACCUUCGAUCGAUACUCUUCAGAAGAAGGCUGAGCCACACAAUUUUGACUCUGAAUGUAAAAGUAACUUCCGGGUUCUGGACAGCUCAGAUGUCGAGGCGAAAGACGACGAUAAUCUUCCAAACGUCCAAGAACAUCAGCUAGUUGUCGAGCAGGUCGACUCUCUCAACGAACCUUACCUCUCAGCACCAGACAAAAAAGAAGUUUAAAAAAAUGUUCACAUCUUGAAUGCUUGCUGAUUUUGCUGAAAGAGAGAAAGAUUCUACGAAGUUUAUCCCUCCCUUUUUUGUUUUGUACAAUCAUUUUGAUAGAAGGGAUGUUUUAUAUAUGUACAUUUUGUAAAUACUUAGACAGGAAUUUAUUAAUUAUAUUCAAAUUAGAAGUAUUUUCUUAGAUACAUAUUGAAACUCACAAGGUUGUUACACAGAAAGAAAAAAUAUUGUGUAAUCCCAGGUGGACCUCUUAGGGGGGGCCAAUUUUAUAGUUACCAAGUUAAUUAUAAUUAAUAGUGUAUAUAAAUUAAAGUUUAAGUCUUUUAAUAUGAAUAUUAUAAAAGUUGAUAGGAUGCAAAAGAAAUUGAUUAAUUGAAGAAAUGUUAAAAAAAAAAAAAAACUUUUUGGUGUUUUAAGUUCAAAAAUAUACUUAGAAUUUUAAAGAAAAUAAUUUUUUAUUUAUCUGAAAAAUAAUGUAGCAUCUAUAAUCUGCCUGUAUUUUGAAAUUUUGUAAAUGUUACUUUGCUUUUAGUAGAAGUGGUUGCAAGAAACUGCCUUAACUUAUCGACUACACUUCAUGUUAGUUUGUUUUGUAAUAUAUUUAUUGAACUAUGUUGCAAUUACAAAAUGUUUAAAACACAAUAUGCAUUGUGUGUAUUGCGGCUAAGUUUCUUAUAAUUCAUUUUGGGAAAGUAUUAAGUUACAGGUCGUGUAUCACAUAACAUUUUUUCCAUGUUUUCCAUUAUUUUAUGAAAAACAUUCCAUGUUGUUUUCAGUUCACACAAUGAAAGUACUAUUUAACCAGUCUUGAGUGUAAAAGGU